AUUAAAUUGACAUGAUAAAGAUUAAAGAAUUAUUAACAAAUAUUUAAAUUUCUAAACAUAAAACAAAUAACAAUUUUUAUCAACUAUAAUACUAAUAAUAUACGUUAAUAAUUUAACUUUAAUAACUACGGUCUAGUUUAAAUUUUAUAUAUCAAAAUUCAAAAUAUAUUUUAAAUGGCUUCAAAAAAGGCUAUGAGUUUAGCAAAAGUGAAAGACGAAUUAGUCGAUGGCGUAUACAUCAGACCAUCAAAGAAAAAAAUCAUGACAUCUCAAAUUGUCACUAAUGAUGAGUUAACUAACUUGAUUCAAGAACGUUUGGCUAAUCGACGUACUGGUGAACGGACAGAAUUUGCUAAUCAAUUAGCUAGAAAACUAAUUAAAAAAUUACAUGAUCAAGAUGCAAAGCUUCGAAAAACUAAUGGUAAAAAAAGAGGUGGAUUGGUUAAUCAAAUUAAAGAUGAUAAAAGUGGUCACUUAAACAUGAAAAUACUAAAAGAGGAAGAUCUUUCUGAAUCUGAUUUAAUUGAUGAUUUUGAUGCAGAUAAUACUCCACCUCCUAAGAAGCGUGACCCACCUAAGAUGACCUGUAAAGAAAUGGCAAUGACAAUUAUAAAUUGCAAAAAAGUAUUAGAAGACAAAACAACAUUAGAUAAAAAAGUUGCAAAUAAAUUUACAUGUGCACUCAAGUCAAGAUUAGCUCAUAAAUUAAAAAAAAAACCAAAUGCUUCAAGUAAAUAAUUUAUUAUAGUAUAUUUGUAUGCCUAUCUUAUUUAUUUUGCUUACGGAGUUAGCAGAUAUCUAUAAAUAUCUGUUUAUUUAUACAUUGAGAUUUAAGAAUAUAAAUUUAUUUUAAAAUAACAAUCAUUAGUUUCUAAAAUACCAUAAACAUAAUUAGCCUAAAAAUAAAAAUGUCAUCCCACAUUGAGCUUUUUUGGAGUUGAAAAAUCAUUUUAUAGAAAAGCGUGAGUAUUUAUAUAUUUAAAUCCAGUUUUAGUUACCUACAACGGCUUUAAGGUAAAUAUGAUACUAAGUGUAAGAAAGUCUUUAGUUUACUAAAAAAUGUGUAUAUAUAUUUUAAUUGUACCAUAGGUUAGUAUCUAUUAAUGUUCAACAAUAUUAUCAUUACAUUCUAACUAUUUGCUAUUUACAUAGAUUGAAGUAAAUAACACUUUAGAUACACUACACCUAUACAAUUAUUUUUCACUCAUUAUUUUAAUUUUGAUUCUCCUCAAUAAUUGUGGUAGAAGGAAGUGGUAAAUAAGUAUUUACUUGUCUCCUACUUUCAUGCAUCACUACUGAGUUAAAUCCAAAUAUA